GGAGCCAGGCCAGCCAACCCCCCUGCUCUGUAAUUCCAGCUCCACCUGGGCUGGUUGGACUGGUUUGAAAGUCCAAGGGAAAGCACAGAGAAGGCAUUGCAAAAAAAAGAAUUACAUCUCCCAGAAGGAGCUGUACUUCAGUAACUGGAUUCACUUCCUAGCGAUCCGAAAGAAGGACUGUGCCGGAGAAAAUGAGAUGACCCACUAAACUUUCCGUGGAUGACUACCUCUGCUUCCCAAAUCUACACAGAGGUAUUUUGCUCUCUUGAAGCAUGUUAUUUGUGAGUUAAGAAGAGAUCACAGUCAUGGACAUCUAGCUUGAUAAACUUUUGCAGCACAAGGAGUAGCCAGAGUUUGGAACAGCCCUGAAAAGGGUUGGAGGCUCAUAAUGGCAGCCACCAGUUCUGUUACCCCUUCUGAGGAGGUGGCAUUGGUAGUUUUGGGGAAGGACUUUCCCAGGGACAAGGUGAACCAAAGUUACCCUCAAGAGCAGAGGUCUGAGGAUCCUGAGGCUACCCUACGAUGGAAUGAGGCGUGUCACAAUUCCGCUUGUGAGACUGCAGUGCUUGAAGUACCCAAGAGUGACAUGAGGCCUAGUCCUGAGGGAAGCAGAGAAGAUGCCAAAGUGGGGCCUGUUGUGGACGAUGAAGCCUUCUACAAAGCUCCCACCCCCAGGGAGGAGGAUGGGGAUAGCAACGGAAUGCCUGAAGUGGCAGCUCACGUCUUUGUCCCGAUUGACCCCUGUUGCAUUGAACACACCCCAAUGGGAGAUGAAAAGAAGAGGAAACAACAGGAAUUCGAAGAGGAAAUUGUGCUCUGCGAGAAGGAGAAGGGUGACUCGGAGAAGCAGAAUUUCAUCACUAGUGGGUAUUCGGCACACUUUGAUGACUUGCCUAGCUAUGAUGGAGAACGAGGCAAACCGUUCUCCGAGAGUCUACAGUGCCUACUAUGCCGGAACUGUAACCCUACCAACCUGAAAGCUGUGGCCUCUAUGAUUGGAGCUACGAUAAUUUUUCCUUGCCUACUUUAUGGCGCAUAUGUCUUCCUGCCCUUUGAUGCGCCUCUGAUGCCUACCAUGAGUGCCCGUUUGGUUUACACACUUCGCUGUGGCGUUUUUGCCACUUUCCCAAUCAUUAUAGGUAUGGUUGUAUAUGGGGUGUCCCGCCUCUGCUUCUCCUCCCUACAGCCCUUUGGGGAGCUCCGGCGGGAAGUGGAGAUCCACCGUCACUAUGUGUCCCAGUCAGUCCACCUCUUCAUCUUGUAUUUCUUCAACAUCGCCGUUCUUGCCACUUACCUGCCCCAGGAAGGCCUCAAGCUCAUUCCUCUGCUGACAGCCCUCUUUGCCAUUUCACGGCUCCUCUACUGGCUGGCCUACGCCAUGGGUCGUUCUUUCCGGGGCUUUGGUUUUGGCUUGACGUUCCUACCCCUUGUCGCUAUGCUCCUGUUCAACCUCUACAGCAUGUUUCUCAUAGAUCCAGAGAAUAUGUUUGCCUUGGGAGACAGUGCAGAACCACCACUGGAGAAGGAGAAGCAGUUACCAGGCUCCAAGCCCAGAUACUGGGGGUGAAGAGAACACAGGAAGCAAAUGGGGCAGGAAUGAGAUGAGUGAGACACAUGCUCCUUGAUGGCUAUUGCCUUCAGCUCGACAAAAGGCCUUGAACUUAGUCACAGAGAAUACAGAAAUAUUACAUGAAGAUGGUCAUGUUCUACUGCAUGAAUGACUGAUGGGUUAUUAAAAUGGGUGAGGUACUUCCUUGUGUGAGCCUUAAUUUGGUAAAAGGUGUAGGCUAAGAUGCACCACUAAUGAGAAAAAAUCUCAAACAGUUUACCUCAAGAAGUAGACUGAGGUUGUGCCUCAAAAUAGGUGUGUUUCUCUGCUGUUAGUUCCAAAGUUGAAAUGUGGAACAUUUUGCCCAGAAAUUCCUGCUUUUGUAAAAUGACUAACAGUGAUUAGGUGAUUGGGUAGCCCAGGCUUGUCUAAUCUCAGAAGUAAGCAGGGUCAGCCCUGGUUAGUACUUAGAUAGGAAACCAAAGCUAGGGUUGGUAUGUAGAUGCAGGCAAAUGGCAGACUGCCUCUGAACAUCUCUUGCCUUAAACAGAAUCAGCAUAAGUUGGCUACGACUUGAUAGCAAAAACCAAAGAAAAUGGUGGGGGAGCCACAUACAGAUCUGUCCUUUAAAAAGGCGAAGGCAAGCAGUAGGAUUUCCCCAAAGUUCCAGGUGAACUGUAGACUAGAGCAGGGGUGGCCAAACUUGCUUAAUGUAAGAGACGCAUAGAAUAAACAUCAGAUGUUUGGGAGCAGUAAUACAUGAACAUCAAAUGUUUGAGAGCCACAGGAAGCCCAGGGAGGGAAGGGAAUAGAUGGGGAGGGAGAGGUGGAAAGAAAGCAACUUUAAAUGCAUUCUCCAAGCUAAUCCAGGCAGUGGCUUAAAGUGAUUUAAAGAGAGAGAUGCCUUCUGCAAGCUGGCCAACAGGGUGGUGAGGUGUGAAAGAGCCACAGUUUGGCCACCCCUGAACGAGAGCAAUAACUUCCCCUGGAGGAAAUAGGAGCUUUGGAGGGCAGACUCUAUGGUAUUACAUCCCUGCUGAGCACUCUGCCAUCCCCAUGUAGCUCCCCCAACGCAAGCUUAAUUUAUUAGGUUAUGAAGAAGGUAGUCCCUUCUACUAAGUUAGACCAGUGUCAAUUUAGCCCAGUGUCUUUUUGGCAUAGCUCCCUCAAGGCUUUUUCCUGCGCUAUUGCUCAAGAUACAUAAAGGCCUUGUCUUUUCAUGUUAAGGUUGUUCUUUAUCUCACUUGCUGACUUUGGUUGCUUUGAUUUGAUGUAGUGCCUUCUUGAGCUUCAGGUAACCUUUGCAGAGUAAGCUCAGAGAGAGAAAGAUAGCCUGAUGCACCCUGCUUCAAAAAAGCAAUUUGUUUUGCUACCUAAAACAAUAGGAAUAAACACAAGUCUUUGAUCACAAAUACAUAUUAGUGUUAGAUGCCACCUUGGGCUGCAUUCUCACCUAAGUACCUUUACUGUGUCCUAUAGUUCAUUUUGAGUCUACAUUUCUUGAGGGGAGGGAGGGAGAGUUUCUCCCACAGAGGGAUGUCUUCUUUUCCUCUGUUUCAGCCUGGAAAGGGAGUACACUGAAGCCAACCACUGAAGCCUUGCAUAUUGGCUGGCUACAGUUCAAUCCCACCCCACCCCAAGACAUCAGAGGAGGGCAAGCCUAUAGACAGGCACCUUUCUGUCCUUUCUCCAAGAACAUUUGUACUGAGUUUUACUGUCAUGUAAAUAUAUAUUAUGUAUUUUAAUUGUGUGCACUACUUUGAAAUUCAAUUCUGGCUGAAAUUAAUAAAAAUACAAUCUAUA